UCCCGGAACACCCCUGACCCCACACUUCCUGAGCACUGUGCCGGCUGCAGGCUCCGCCCUUCACCCUCUACCUGCUGGUGGGGCAGGUGCAGGCCUGGCCAUGGGCCCCCGUGACAGCCCCCUCCUGGUCCUGGUGCUCUGCCUGGGCCAGACCGUCCACAUGCAGAACAGGGUCUUGCCCAAACCCUCCAUCAGGUCUGAGCCAGGCCCUGUGAUCCGCCGGGGACAGCCUGUGACCAUUGUGUGCCUGGGCCCUGCCUGGGCUGAGCUGUUCCGUUUGGUGGAUGAGAAUGUCAGAAAAGUCCUCCCAGAUCAGACAAACGUGUCUCAGCGUGGUCUUCACUGGGCACAGGCCACAUUCCACAUCAAGGCUGUGAGUGGGGACACUGCGGGGAGUUAUCGCUGCCUCUAUAACAAAGGGCCCAGCUGGUCUGAUCCCAGUGAGAUCCUGGAGCUGAAGGUGACAGAGGAGGAUGUCUCCACUCUUUUCUCAGUCCCAGGAACAGCCUCUGAAGUCACCCCCCCACCCACAGGACCAGUCUCCCAGACGGCCCCCUCCUCCCAGAAUUACACGGUGGGGAACUAUGUCUGCAUGGGCCUGGCUGGCGUGGUGUUGCUGAUCCUGGUGGGGAUUCUGGCAGAGGCUGCGCACAGCCGGCACAGGUGGCCACACAGACCACAGGAGUGGACACAACUGAGCUCCUGCCAGAGAAAUUAGACUCCAAACCCCCAGGAGGGUCCUUGCCCAAGGCCCCAGGCUCCCAAUGGAGCCCAAGAGACCCAGAAUCAUGUCCAUUCUGUGAAUUUGACAAUGCUCCAGGUGAGGCUGCCCCGUGCCUGGGACUCUGUCCUGGGAAGUGGCAGGAGCAGCAGGGACCUGCCUCCUGUGUGGUCCGUCUCCUUCCCCAGGGUUUGGCUCUGAGUCAGACACUCACCCCACUCACAGCCCAGCCCCACUGCUGCCCGGGUCUCCUCCCUUCUCUCCUGGGUCUCAGACAGGCCCCAGGUAUCUGCAGCCUCUGCCCCCCUCUUCCUCUCCUGGAGCCCUGCCUUCUCACCUGCUCUCUGGGGACCAGGCACAUGCUGCUCAAGACUUUUGUCUCACCCACACCUGUCACCUGUGGGACUGUGCCUGUUCUGGGCCCCGGCCCACCCACCUAUGUUCCUGGAGUGGUGUCUGCCUCCUGCAUCUGAAUCCUCACUUCCCACCUGACUUGGAUCUAAAGUCCAGGGAAGGGACUCAGCCGAAAAACCACAGUGAGGUAUCACUGCAGACUCCUCAGGACGACUCUGGCUGAAAUUAUUUUUAAAUGGUGGGCACUAGACUCACUGGGGGCGGGGGUCACUUCCUAAGGUAUGUAAAUGUCUAACCCCUGUGCUGUACACUUGGAACAGUACACUGUAGUCCACUGUAACUGAAGAAUAAUUAAACGUACUAA